AUGCCUCGAGCAACUUCUGAUCGUUUCACACGAGCACACCAGCCCUCGGCAAAAGCGAGUGUUUCAAAAGGUCAAGGAGAAUCUUCUUCAGCCACACGCAAUCCAAUCUUCAAUACCGAACGAUUCGGCCAACAUAUCCUCAAGAACCCCUCAAUAGCACAAGAAAUUGUGGACAAGGCGAAUCUAAGACCAACGGAUAAAGUGCUUGAAGUCGGGCCCGGUACUGGAAACUUAACUGUAAAAAUUCUGGAGAAGGCGAAGCAAUGCACUGUCAUAGAGAUGGAUCCUCGUAUGGCGGCGGAAUUGACAAAGCGUGUUCAGGGAAAACCAGAACAACGCCGCCUCGAAAUUAUCAUCGGUGACUUUGUCAAAGCUGACUUGCCUUAUUUCGACGUCUGCAUCUCUAACACGCCCUAUCAAAUCUCCUCUCCUCUCGUUUUCCGCCUGCUUUCCCAUCGACCAUUAUUCCGCACUGCAAUUCUCAUGUUCCAGCGCGAGUUCGCCCUCCGGCUCGUCGCGAAGCCCGGAUCAACACUUUGGUCACGGCUGUCAGCAAAUGUUCAGCUAUAUGCAAAGGUCGACCACAUCAUGAAUGUCGGGAAGAACAAUUUUCGCCCUCCACCGAACGUAGAGUCGUCUGUCGUCCGUAUCGUCCCAUUAGAUCCACCACCACCCGUCAAGUUUGAGGAAUUUGAUGGUUUAACGAGGAUCAUAUUCAGUCGGAGGAAUAAGACAACUCAUGGUAAUUUUCAGGCCAAAGGGGUGACGGAGAUGCUGGAGAAAAAUUGGCGGACGUGGUGCUCAGAGCAGAACAUGAUGGUUGAGGACGUCGUCAACAUGAAAAAUAAAAUAAAAGAUAUCUUGGAAGAGACAGGAUUUUGCGAGAGCCGUGCUGCCAAGAUGGACGUCAACGACUUACUCAAGUUACUGUCUGCCUUCCAUGAUGGAGGCAUCCACUUCGCAUGA